AUGGGUGAAGAGUGUGGAGAGAUUGAGGAAGGGGCAGAUGAGGGUCUUGUGGAUGCUGCUGAGAUUGACCCAGAAUGUGGAGAUGAGGAAGAAGGAGCAACUGAGGGUCUCGUGAAUGCUGCCAGGAUGGAACAAAUCCAUCACGAUUUAGAGAAGGAGGCAGCUGAGAAUCUCAUGGGAGCUGCCAAGAUGGGUGAAGCGUGUGGAGAGAUUGAGGAAGGGGCAGAUGAGGGUCUUGUGGAUGCUGCUGAGAUUGGUCCAGCAUAUGGAGAUGAGGAGGAAGGGGCAGCUAAGGGUCUCGUGAAUGCUGCCAGGAUGGAACAAAUCCAUCAAGACUUAGAGGAGGAGGCAGCUGAGAGUCUCAUGGGUGCUGCCGAGAUGGACAAAGACUGUGAAGAUGAGGAGGAAGGGUCAGCUGAGACUCUCGUGAAUGUUGCCAAGAUGAAACAAGCCCCUAAAGAUCUAGAAGAGGACACAGCCGAGAGUCUCAUGGGUGCUGCCAAGAUGGAGGAAGUCCGUGUAGAGGUGGAGGAUGGGGCAGCUAAGAGUCUUUGGAGCCAACCCUCUGGCGGCGCUGCAUGCACCCACUGA